AUGGCGUCUGAAAAUAAAAAGACUACUGUAGCUGAUGAGUUGGAUGAUAUAGACGAUCUACUUGAUGAGGUUUUGGACGACUUUUCUUCACAGCAGUCUUCUGAGCAUCAUGACUCAAACAAGCAAACUACAACUUCCACAACUACUACUUCAAAUGAAAAUCUUAUAAAUGAUGAAGAAUAUGCGGCGCAAUUAGCCGCAGACAUGGAAGAUUUUGUUAAACAGUUUGAAGAAAACGAAGAGAUAAAAAAAGCAUUUCAAGAGUUAAUGAAUUCAGUUGGUGAUGAAUCCAUCAGCGGGGUUGGAAAUAGCGAUAGUAAUAAUUCAGGGGGGCCUAAUGAAUUCAAAGAAAGAUCAUUUCAAGAUAAAAUCAAUCAAACAAUGAAUAAACUUCAAAAUAGUUCGGAUCAAGUCGAUGCCGAAAUUUCAGAAGGUGCAGCCGAUGCAUUAGUCGAACAAAUGAUUAAACAAUUAGAAGGUGUAGCAGGGUUAGCAGGUCUUGGUGAGAAUGGAAAUAUGGAGGAUAUGAUGGGCGGAGGAAUGGAUAAAGUAUUAGAGUGGAUGAUGGAAACUCUAGCGACAAAAGAUUACUUAUAUGAGCCAAUGAAAGAAUUUGUUCAAAAGGUGGAUAAUCAUUAUUUCGAUAUCAUCGCUGCAUCCUUACACAAUCGUCAUGGUUGCACUAUUUAUUUUAAGUACCCGAAAUGGCUCGAAGAAAACAAAAGUAAAGUUUCAGAAGAGGACUAUGAACGUUAUGAAAAACAAUCAAAGUAUAUUCAAAAAAUUAUUGAGAAAUAUGAAGCGCCUGAUUUUGAUGAAAACAAUGAACAACAGAAUAAGGCCAUAGUGAGCUUAAUGCAAGAACUUCAAGAACUUGGACAACCACCAGCAGAAAUUCUUCAUGAGUUAGCUCCGGGAAUAGAACUUGAUGAACAAGGAAUGCCAAAACUAUCUGCUGCAGAAUUGUCUUCUGGUUGUAGAAAUAUGUAA